AUGGAAGGUUUUUGUGCAAAGUUUCAGGUAUUUAUUGCUGGAUCUAAAGCAUAUUUCAAUAAAUCGGAAUCACUCAGCGGAGUGCGAGAGGGAUUUAUUGACAUAGAUAAGAUUGCUGUUCGCGUUGACUGCUUUUCAUCGGAGCUUGGUAUACCGUGGGAUGCAACCUCUGUGGAAUAUGCGUUUGCGCUGGAAAUUAUCAUCGGUGAAAUCGUUGCAAGAGUUGACCCUACCCAGGUGAUUUCAUCCCUUUGUCUACGAAAAACGUGA